AUGAUUGAUUAUAAUGAAGCAGUUAAUGAUGAAUUAAAUCAGUAUCUUCUUGCUCAAAAAAGGACUUCUCUCAAGUUUUUAUACUCUUCUUGUGUCGAGACCACCACUUGCGGGAUGUUGAGAAGACUCUGUCUACAUUGCUCUGCUGACAAGCACAUUUAUCUACUCCAUCAUGCAGCUAUGUCCUCUUACCCCCCGAAAAAUGGAUGA